AUGGCAGAACUCACUCUAGAUACUUUGAUGGAUGAUGGCAACUACUUGGGCACAGAAAGAGCCCGUUUAGAAAACAAAGUAAUUCUCGAUGAACUGGAGAGAAAGAAGAAAGCGCGAACGAUGGCCGUUCCUACAGAUGAUAACCGCGUCAAAGCCAGACUAAGAGAAAUAGGGGAGCCCAUUACACUUUUUGGAGAACGAGCUGCAGAUCGACGAGACCGUUUAAUUUAUGUUCUUUCUCAAAUCAACGCUGCAAGAGGAGAUGAUGCUAUGCACGUUGAUGAAGAGUCUUCUGAUGAUAGCGAGGAGGAGGAGGAAGAAUUCUAUUCUCCGGGUUCAUUGGAAUUGUUGGAAGCACGAAGACGGAUAGCAGAAUUUUCUCUUCCCAGAGCUCAAAAGCGGAUCGCCCAGCAGCGAAUAGAUAGUAAAAUGGAUCUAGGGCGCAUAGUUGACAUUCGAAAAAAGGUCUUUGCGGAAGUCAAAAGAUUUUCAAACAUGGGCUCACAAAUCGGCGACGAACGUCCCAUUUCUCAAGUACGAUUUGCUCCCAAUAAUCAAAUUCUUGCAACAGGGAGUUGGUCAGGGACGGUGAAAUUAUGGAAUGUACCAUCAUGUACUCCCAUCCGUUCUCUACGAGGGCAUAGCGAUCGCGUAGGAGGCGUUGCAUGGCAUCCCCAAGCGACAUUAUCACAAGGGGAAGACCUUGUGAAUCUUGUCAGUGGGGGUGGCGAGGGCAGCGUGAACUUGUGGUCGUUAAACAGUGACAGUCCGAUAUCGGUAUUAAAAGGUCAUCAGGGUCGUGUCUGUCGCGUCGCAUUUCACCCUUCCGGCGACUAUGUUGCUAGUGCGAGUUUUGAUACCACAUGGAGGCUAUGGGACGUCAAUUCUUCAAAAGAAUUGCUUCUCCAAGAAGGUCAUUCAAAAGAAGUGUACUCAAUCGAAUUCCAGUGCGAUGGCUCUCUGGUGGGCUCUGGUGGGCUUGAUGCCAUUGGGAGAGUCUGGGAUCUACGAACAGGACGGACGGCCAUGGUCCUAGAUGGACACAUUCAACCAAUCUUUUCGAUGGCAUUUUCGCCUACUGGUUACCAAGUAGCCACAGGGGCCGGAGACGACACGAUACGCAUAUGGGAUAUGCGUGCGAUCAAAUCCAUAUAUACCAUCCCCGCACACGUCUCCAAUGUGUCUGACGUGAAGUUUUUCCAUUCUAACGACCUUCACUUCAAACGACCCACUCCUCCAGACAUCAGCAUGAACGGCACUGACGAAAGCGAGGCCAAAACUGAUGUACCUGAAAAAGAAUAUGCCACUUUAGAAGAAGAAUGGCGUUACCGAUCAGGAUUAUUCUUUGCUAGCUCUGGAUAUGACGGAUUCGUGAAACUAUGGAGCGCGGAUGAUUGGCAGUUGCUGAAAAGACUGACAACAGAUGCUGGAAAGGUCAUGUCAGUGGAUAUAUCUAGUGACGGCAACAUGCUCGUAUCUGGUACUUAUAAUCGUAACUUCCAACUCUUUACCCCGGAAGAGGUCUAA